AUGGGCAAGGCAGCGAAGAGGGAGCGCCUCUUUAGGUCCUUCAACUCGCACGCUCAGAGCAUCCAUGAGACCUUCCAUGUGUGCACCUGUAAACCCUACUCUCCCUCUUUUGCGCUGUUUGGAAUUCCACUGACCCAUUUGGGGAACCUACCGCACCCAUCGCAGCUUCUGGAUCAGCCGGCCGCUGCGUCCCUCGAGAAGACGGACUGGUCCGAGGUGAUGAAGCUGGGGGACGAGAUAUCCAAGCAGGCGACGAUCUGUAAGCUUUUUCCUUCCCACGGAUCGCCUCAGCCUCCUUUUUCCUUGGAAUCUCUCUCCUUUCGUCUCUGAAGAAGGAUCAUUGAGUAACUCAGGAUUUAUUUACGCUUGAAAGAGGCAACAGCCGGAUAAUUGAUUGGUUUUGUCUCUAAAUACAGCCACCUUAGAAAAUCCUCAGAGCCAGCUCAAGGAUUUCUCGGUUUUUGCAAAAUGGGGACUUGCUUCUUUGUCCAGAAUGAUGAUCAAAAUGUGUUUUUUAUCGUUUGGAAUUCCCUCAAAAUUGUUGAGUUAUCAAUAAAUCCCCCAAAAUCCCGUUUAGUUUUCAGGUUUAGAGUUUAGAGCCACGUAGAACCCUAGUUUUUCAUGGACAUGAACCUAAUGAUCUUGGUUUUGGCCCCUUGCAGCGGGGAUGCUUUCCACUGGCGGGACGUCAGAGGUGAAAGAGAUGGAAGAUCAUAUCGGAGCCUUCUGCAACAUGCUUCAGGGAUUCCUGCUGCUGUGCCAAGGGAGCACUGUGGGUGCUGGGCCGACUCUCCAUGCUUCUAUCCGGGCAUUGGCCAAGCAAGUGAUCGACCAAAGCCUGUCCUUGCUGAGGGAGACAGUCUCCUCUUACGGUUCUCUCCUUCCCCUUUUCAUCCGCUAUCUCAGCCCUAAUUUGAACUCUGCGUUGAAGCUUUUAGCAUUUUCCCCAAGUGCAGUUUACCCUUUUUGGAAAUCCCCUUGAUCCAGGGAAUCUAUUUAAUCCUGUUCAUGGUUUGAAAGCCCACUGGUUGACUUGAGCUGAAGAAGACACUCUUGUGUUUCCAUGAAGCCCAUGUGCCCAGGAUCUUGCUGAAGGGUCUGACCUUUUUCAUGGCUACUGCGUGGGAAUUUUUGGCUUUUUACCCAAGUCCAGUAUACCCUAUUUGGAAAUCCCCAUGAUCCGGGGUAUUUAUUUCUUGCUGUUCGUAGCUUGGAACCCCACUGGUUGACUUGAGGUGAAGACCCUCUCUUGUGUUUCCAUGAAGCCCAUGUGCCCAGGAUCUUGUAAGAAUCUGCCGGAGGGUUUGACCUUUUCCUGGAUUAGGUGGAUGUUCUACCUUGGAUCAGCCCCGUCGGGUGUUGAAGUUUUUAUUUUCUGGGUGAUUUAUUUGUCAUUCCUUUUCUCUUCCUCGGUGGGUAGAACGCGUAAGGUUUCUAUCAUUAAGGGUAGUAAUGGAUGCAGAGUUCUUUAAGGUUUAUUCUAAUCUCAUCCUCUUCUUUUUCUGAAAAGGUUGACCGGCUGAUAGUUAUGGAGUAAUUUUCUAUUUCUGUCCAGCUGAUUAUGGAAAGCUUCCCCCCGCAGGAGCAGCCUCGAAGAAGAGAACGUCCAUCCCACGGUUAUCCGGCUCAGUCUGGGAGGCGUGCGCCGCCCUGAAGAGAGCUCCCACCACCAACUCCAUAGCUAUCGGGCGAGCGUUGACCCAGGUGGCGGUGUCCGUGAAAGACGUCCUCCGGGAGCUGAAGGGGCUCCGGCCGGCCGCUACCGACCCAGUUGGCGACGACGACGAGCUCUCGCCGGAGGAGAUGGAGGUCGCCCGCUUGGCCAUCGGCGUGGUCUCCGACGCGCUGGUUGCUGCGAAGGAGGCCGUCCGGUUCGUCGCCGCCGCCGGGGAGGGCCGCCGGGUUGAGCUUCUGGAGGGGCUGCUGAGGAGCAUCCAGGCGGCGGGGGCCCAGGUGGACGAGCUCGGGGCGUGCGUUUUCCCACCGCAAGAGAUUCCGCAGAUGGCGGCGGCGGCGGCGGAGCUGCUGCGGCUCGCCGCGGAGGCCCAGGAAGAGGUCCGAGCCGCCGCCUCUGAUGAUGAUGGCCUGGUGGGGUCUCUGGAGGCGUUUAGGGGCUCGCUCAGAACCUUCCAGUCGACACUGUCGAGUCCCGACGACACCAGUGUAGAGCGAGAAAUGAGAGGCCUUUCUCUGUAA